UGUAAAGAAUUUUAGAGUUGUAUAUAGUGGAGCCUAGCCAACAUAUCAUUUAUUAAAUACUUAAAUAAUUGCAUGGAAUAUUGUUCAUUAUUAAUUUAGUAUGAAUGAUGAAUAAAUAUAGUUAAUUAAUAUUAUAUAUUACUUACCUGCAAUUCUUAUUUAUUUAGCAACGAAAAUUUGAAUUUUUGAUCAAUGCGAUCUUCAGUUAGUGCUAUAUUAUCAUCACCAAUACAAGACCCUAAUAUGUCACACCCAGACUAUGAGAUGACUGUGUAUGAUCAUGCUACACUACUAAUUUUGGUGAAACAUCUGGGUGAAGAAUUAUCAUCAAAAAGUUUUAACCGCUUAUUUGAACGAAUUUGUCGUGUUAAUCAACUGCGUAUUGUAGAUGGUAAUGGUAUAGAACGUUGUGUUCAAGCUAGGUAUAUCAAAGAUUAUCCAGUUGGAAAUAAUGAUUGGGGCGAUUUCCAAACACAUAGACGUCUUUUGGGUCUUAUUACUCUAUCCAAGUGCAAACUUCAAGUAGAAUUAAAUGAAACAUGUCGACUGCAUGAGAGUUUAAAAGUUAAAUAUCAAUCAACAUUGUAUGAUUCCCGAUGUAUAGUUUUUGGGGUGAAUGCACCAAAUUCUCCAGAGUUUAAUACUCCAUCUAAUUUUAAGUCUCAAGAUAUAUAUUAUUCAAGUGAUAGUGAUCCUAAUCCUUCAAUUGAAAUGCAUUUAAAUGAAUUCCUAUCUUCUCUUUUUUGGGUUUUGGACGCAAAAAGAUUGGAAAAGUCCAAAGAAAAGCUAGAUAAAGCUUCACUCUUGAUUGCCCCAUUUGAGAAACGAAAUAUAAUUGGUCUAGACAUGGAAUCAAGAGCAAAUAAGAAACGUUGCAUAGGACGUGUUACAAAGCAGUUGGCUGAUUUAAAUCUGCAAACGGGUUUGUUGAAUGAUGCCUUAAAUUUUUACAUGACAGCUGCAGAAACAUUACGAUCUUGCAAUGAUUGGCUUUGGCUUGGAGGUUGUUUGGAAGGAUUAUGUGCAACUUCAUUAAUAAUUUUACAACCACAAAACCAACUUGCUAAGUCAACUUUACAACGAAAUGCUUCUCUUCAAGAACGUCAUUUGAGAUUUAAAUUUCGACCUUUGUCAACUAGCUCAGGAUUUGCAUCAUUGGAUGAUAGUACUAUAAAAUCUACUAUUCCUCAAAACAUUUUAAGUAUUGAUGAAAUUUAUAAAAGUUACAGUGAAGCCCUUAUUCAUUAUAGCAAAUACUUGAAUGCUGGUGUUGUACUCACAGAAGGAAGUUUUAAAGCGGCUAGAAUAGCUGUAGUUCACCACCAUUGUGUUUAUGUUCAUUAUUUUCUUCAAAAUGUAUUGCCAAUAAACUUAACUUUAACUGAAGAAGAAAAAAUACAAAGAUUAAUGAAAUUAGCUGAACUUUAUGCAGAAAUUGGAUUUCAUCGUAAAGCAUCAUUUUUUCAUUGGCUUGCAUCAAAACGCUAUGUUUCAGCUAGUAAUCCAAAUACUUCUUGGGAACAAUGCUAUCAAUUGUUACUGCAAAUGUUGCCUGGUCACAAAUUAUCUUUAGACCCCAAUGAUUAUGAACCUGGUGGACUAAUAGGUUGGCCUGAACUUCAGCGCCAGGUGGUGAAUGAAAUUGUAUUAGCUGCUAAACGAGUUGGAAAUGCUAGCUUAGCUACGAGGCAUUGUACAUUUUUGCUUCAAACAAUGUGGUGGAUGAUGAAUAAAGUUGAAAGAAGUGGUUAUGCUAAUCAAUUGGCUGUACUCUCAGCACAGUGUGAAGGAUCUCCUGUUCCAUUAGUUUUAGAUAAUGGAUUGGUCAUACCACCUGCAAAUUUAUUAAAUAUACCUCAACCUGAAAAAUUUUCCCUUCAAAAUUUAAAAGCCCAUUUAAGACCACAUAAAUUAGUUAAAGUUAAAGAAGAUUUUGGCCCAUUUUUAUUUACACCUUUAAAAUUUGCAUCUAUGGAAAAAAAUAACAAAAAAACUAAUAAAUUGGAUUGUGUUUGGGUUAUUGAUGAGCCUUGUGAAGUGGUACUUGAACUUAGUAAUCCUUUAAACUUUGAAUUAGAAGUUACAAAUAUAUUGCUUUUGACAAAUGGUGCAGUUUUUGAAAGUAUUCCUUAUUCUGUAAACUUACCACCAGAAUGUAACUCUCAGAGCAUAAUUUUAACUGGUGUUCCUAAAGAACUUGGUGAAAUAGAAAUAAAUGGUUAUUCAACUCAUACUUUAGGCGUAAAGUCUAAUUGUCGUCUUAAAAACAUAUCUAAUGUACCUGUCUCAACAUAUAAUAUCCAAGUUAUUCCAUCAAUGCCUCAAAUGGAAGCAACAAUUUUAAGUAUGAAUGGAGAAAAUAUAUCUUCAAUUACAAUAUUUGCUGGUGAAAGUAUUGACUACAAUCUUAAAUUAACAAAUAUUGGAUUGAUACCAAUUGAGUUCUUGGAAAUAUCAAUAGAAUCUACUAUUGAUCCCCAGUUAAAACAUAGUAUAAUCCAAAUAGAUACUGAAGAAAUUUUUUCUAAUUUACCAUUUAAAUCAAAAUCGGAAAUGUUACUUAAAGUACAAUUAAAUGGUGCUUUAAAUUUCUUAUCCAGCAGUCAAUUUUCAUUAGCAACAGAAUUUAAUAGUUUAAAAAGUAGUUCAACAACAUCUGGGCCAUGCUCUUAUCCUUCAUUACCUAGCCUUAGACAAAAAAAUGAUCGGUUUUCACCAAUGACCGCAUCUUCAUUUCGGUCUGGAGAAAGCAGCUUAAAUUCCAACUGCUCUAGGUAUAGAAGCCCAACUGAAACAUCAUCCUUAAAAAUGAUUGAGUUCAACAUUAAAGUUAAAUAUGCAGGAGGAGGAGGAAUGAUAGCAGGAUAUUGUAGAAUUCACUCUUGUAUCUUAUCAGUAAAUAUUCUUAAUUCUGUUCUAGUUACUAGCUGGGAUGUUUUACAAGCUGAAAUCGGAAGUCAAUUUUAUUUAGUGUUAGAUAUUGUUAAUGUUACAUGUCAAGAAAUGGAACUUAUAUAUGCAACAAAUAAAAGUAUUUUAAUGGAAGAGAAAGAAUCUUAUCGCAUACCAAUACCAGUAGAUAGAUUUUUAAUUCACAGUUUAGAAGAAAUUUCUAAAAGUGAAGAAGGACAUAUUGAUAUAAUUGCAAAAUGUAACAAGCAUAUUGCUGAACAAGUUUCAUUGAAAUGGUCAGUUACACUUUGUGAUGAUUUACCUUCUCGAUGGGGUCUGGUAAAGUUGCAUGGUCUUACACUUUGUCCUCAAAUGUUGGAUAUUGUAUGUACAUCGCCAAUUUAUUGGGAAAUUAAUUUAAAUAAAGAAAAAAUAGUCAGUGAAUGCAAUGAAAAAAUUUCACCAGAAUCAUCACAAUAUAAUGUUGGUCAAUUGUUACAUUUACAAAUUUGGGUACAUAAUUCAUUAAAUUCUUCAUUAGACGAAGUUACAUUAGAAUUAAAUUUUUAUCAAGACUAUCUAAAUGGUUCCAUAAAUAAUCAACUUGGCAGUAGAUUAGCUACAACUGGCUGUAAUAAAAUGUACAAAUCAAAAGUGAAAAAGCAUGAGAGCUUAUAUCAUGAAUGUGGUGUAGUGUUUUUUUAUCCAGGCUUGUAUAAAUUAAAUUUGCAAUGUCAAACAUUUAAACAACAUAUUUGGAAAUUAAUACCUCCAUUACAACUAGAUAUAUCUGCAUAAUAAUGAAUAAAAGUAAAUAUUGAACUUAUAUUAUGUUAAAUACUGGUUCGCUCAGCUUUAACAUGAUUGCAUCUUGUAGACUGCCAGUGUAUAGUUCGGCAAAGUGUUAAGGUAGAGUAGGUCUCAAAUAGUUGAAAUAAAAAUUAAAUUCUUACUCAACUUUUUAGAAUCCUUAAUAAUAUAAUAUAAAUUAAUUUUUUUCAUACAGAGUUACUGAGUUGGGCAACAACUAGUAGUGCAAAUAUUAAAUUUUUAAGGUUUUUUUUUUUUUUUUUUGAUAACUUAUUAUUUAGGUAUCUUUUUAAAAAAAAACGGACAUUCAUUAGAAUUAGGAGAAUUUUCUAUAUACUGCCCAUGUUAUAUAUAUAUAGGGAUCGGUGCAUCUAGCAACUACCCUUAUAAUAUUGAGUAUAAUAAUAAAUUGAAUUUUAUAAUUUUAAAAUAACAAAUUGAACUUUCCCCCAUUCUUUAAAAUAUUUUAUACAAUAAAAACAUUAUUUUAUAAUUUUUUGAAGGAGUUAAUUUGUUAACACAAAUCAAUCUUUAAA